CUCGGCGUGAAACGGCGAGUCAUUUUGCUGGGAUAAAUUUGAAUGCCCAGCCAAAUGGGUCAGCAGCGCAAGCCGCCGUGGCGAGAGACGCUGAGCUGCAAGACGACCAAAGCCAAGGCGGUAUUGCGCAGCGGAAACGACGACGAGGCCAACCCGUACCACGCCGUGCUCUCGAUUUUGCCCACCGACCUGUACGAAGAGAAGCGGGCGUUUGCCGCCAAAACGUGCCGGGGAAAGCUCCCGCUCAAGCCAGACAAGGGCCGCGAGCCAUACGGCGUCCAAAUCGACAACAACAUUCCAUUGGGCAUCUACGACACGGACCGUGGGCGUCACCAGGGCAUUGCAAAAGCAGUGGCGUCGUCGCAGCAGACGUACGCCCCGGCGUUCAAAUCCCGUCGCGGCCGGUUCCUCGGCGUGCCCAACUACAAGCUCUCGACGCAUGCCAUCAACGCCAAGGAGCCUUACGCGAACCCGGAGCAGAUGGGACCGGGCACCUACAAGCUGCGUCCGACGACGCUCGUCAUCAAGCAUUUGCACGAGCCCGGGUACACGUUUACGAGCCAAGUUGAUCGCUUCGAGUCGCCCCAGCGACCGUAUGCCGAGUCGGCGACGACCAACGCACUGCCAUCGACACUUGGGAAGGCGCCGGUGAGCACAGUGGCCGUGUCCAUGACCCCGCGCUUCACGUCCGACUCGACCUUUCCCGAGAACUAUGCAUCGUCCAAGCACCAGCGCAUUUUCUACCCGCCCGAUAUUGUCUACGACAAGCCGCUCAUUAAAGGCACGAUCCAGGAUCGUGUGGCCACGACGCACGUCAAGUACUCGGCCAUGACGUCGCAGGCCGGGCGGCUUGUCUCGACGGCGUCCAUGGUCCACAAUGCCGUAGGCGUGCCACGCUUGCAGGCGUCGACCAGCGAUGCGCUCGGGCCGGGUGCGUACGCGACGCCAUCGACCUUUGCCAAGCCAGAGACGAGCAGCGGUGCCCUGCCGCAAGUCUCGGAGCACUCCAAGGACCGGUUCGGCAUGAAGGCGACCAAGCAUGCGCAGUGCAUCGAGACGCGCUUCCGGAGGUUCUGCGUCUCGUAGCUCGUGGUCCACCGCUCUCUGCCGCCAUCUUGCUCUUCCGCGCGACUUCGCGAAAUCGCCCAAGUCGAAGCAUAUCCAAAACCAAUUCCAUGGCAUUUUAUUCUUUCGUCCAUUUAUAUUUCGUGAUUGUAUCCAGAAUUAAAAGAGCAGAAUAAAAUGGUCGAGCACGGGCCA